UGUUCAAGGAAAACAAAACUAAUCUCUAGUUCUUCUUCUCUGUUUGUAUGUGUGUGAAAAAUGACAGAGGCUGUUUGCUCAAUUAGUUGUUCGAUCUGUUUAGAUCUACUGAAGGAUCCAGUAGCUAUUCCCUGUGGACACAGUUACUGUAUGGGCUGUAUUAAGGACUGUUUGGAUCAGGAAGAUGACAAGGGUACCUACAGCUGCCCCCAGUGCAGACAGACCUUCAUACCAAGACCUGUUCUAAACAGGAACACAAUCCUGGCUGAAUUGGUGGAGAAUCUGAAGAAGACAAGACUCCAAGCUUCUCCUCCUGAUCAUUAUUAUGCUGUACCUGGAGAUGUGGAGUGUGAUUCCUGCACUGGGAGAAAACUCAAAGCUGUCAAGUCCUGUCUGGUGUGUCUGGCCUCUUUCUGUGAGACUCACCUCCAGCCUCACUAUGAAUCUCCUGCCUUUAAAAAGCACAAGUUGGUCCAAGCCUCCAAACAACUACAGGAGAAGAUCUGUUCUAAUCAUGACAAACUACUGGAGAUUUACUGUCGUACUGAUCAGCAGUGCAUCUGUUAUCUUUGUACAAUGGAUGAACAUAAAGGACAUGAUACAGUCUCAGCUGCAUCAGAAAGGACUGAGAAACAAAGACAGUUUGGGGAGAAACAUUUGGAAUCCCAGAAGAGAAUUGGGGAGAGAGAGAAGAAGAUUCAGGAGUUGAGACAGACUGUGGAAACUCUGAAGCACUCUGCACAGGCAGCAGUGGAGGACAGUGAGAGGAUCUUUACUGAGCUGAUCCACUACCUUGAGAAAAGACGCUCUGAGUUGAAGGAGCUGAUCAGAGCGCAGGAGAAGGCUGAAGUGAGUCGGGCUGAAGGACUCUUGGAACAACUGGAGCAGGAGGUUGCUGAGCUGAGGAAGAGAGAUGUUGAGUUGAAGAAGCUCUCACACACAGAGGAUCACAUCCAUUUCCUCCAGAGUUUCCAGUCUCUCUGUGUCUCUCCUGGAUCUGAGGUCUUACCCAGUAUCACUGUCUAUCCACACAUUUCCUUUGAGCAUGUCAAGAAAUCAGUCUCUGAACUGAAACAUCAAAUACAGGAUGUAUGCAAAAAGGAAAUGGACAGGAUAUCUUGGGAAGUGACUACAGGUCAGAUUGGACCAACUGCUGAGCCCAAGACCAGAGAGGAUUUCUUAACAUAUUCCUGCCAGCUGACAUUGGAUCCCAAUACAGCAAAUCAGUACCUGUGUCUGUCUGAGGGGAACAGAAAGGUGACACGGAGUAAUAAGGUCCAGUCCUAUCCUGACCAUCCUGGCAGAUUUACCUCCUAUUACCAGGUGUUGUGUAGAGAGGGUCUGUCUGGAGUCUGUUACUGGGAGGUAGAGUGGAGUGGGGGAGGGGUUGAUGUAGCCGUCUCAUAUAAAGAGAUCAGCAGGAAAGGAGAUGGUGAUGAAUUUUGGUUUGGUGGUAAUAAUCAGUCCUGGGUGUUAUCCUGUUCUACAUCCAGAUGCUCUUUCUGGCACAAUAAUCUCAAGACUGAUAUCCGUGUCCCCUGCUCCUCCAGAGUAGGAGUGUAUCUGGACCACAGGGCAGGAACUCUGUCCUUCUACAGUGUCUCUGACACAAUGACCCUCCUCCACAGAGUCCAGACCACAUUCACUCAGCCACUCUAUCCUGGGUUCGAUGUUUGUUAUGGAUCUGUGAAGAUACAGACAACUAUUCAGUGAUACAUCUAUCAGUCUGCUUGUAUCAAUGUAUGAAUGAUUGACGAUGGCUAUAGAUCGAUUUAAGAUUACAGAUAUUAUAUAGAACAGCAUGAUAGAGUUACACAUUUGCAUGUACACAGGUUUCAAUCAAAUCAAGGGGAAUAGAUUUUGCCAGAGGUCUGAGUUCCUGAAUGAACACAUAAUGAGACAUGCCCCUCAAUGGUGAAGGGAGUUGAUUGACAGCUGAAAUGGACCAAUCAUCAUAAGGUUUAGUUUAGUCAGUGUCUACAACCCUGCUGAACUAUUUUAACAGAGAAGAUUCUUCUUAAACUAUGGGAUUUGUUUUGAGUUGGUUGUUUAUCUGUCAACAGAAAUACAUUUGUAAAUAUGUGCCAUGUGUAUUUAAAGCAUUAUUCAUUGUUGUACAAAACAUAUUUUAUUUUGAUUAUGAAAUGUUUUGAACAUAAUGUAAUUAUUGACUGUGUAGAAUGUUUCUGUGUGAGGUGAUUUCAGGUAAACAGAGUAACCUCUUAUCUGUUGUCAUCAAGUCUGAUUGAUGGGGCAGAUUGUAGUUGAUUCCUACAUUUAAUUAACAUUUACCUUUGGUUCAUGUUCAGCAAAAAUCUGUUCAGUAUUUUAUGUGUGAUCAUAGAUUUGGGAAUCUUUCAGUAACAGUCAUUUGUAUACAGUAUGUUAUGCUUUGUAGUAAAUUCCACCUUUACUUGUCUAUAAUUACUGUCCAGUUUAAUUAUGUAACAUUUGGGACACGUUGUAGAGGGACUUGUUAUUUUUAUUUCAAUUAAACUUAAGGAGGGAUUUGCUGUAACUUUCAUCAUUAUAAAGAGUUUGAUUGAAAAAGAUCUUUAAAUGGAUCAUUGAAUGGUCCCUGUAUGUCCUCAUGUUCUGUCAUAUAGUCCAGCAUAUAACAUGUAUUAUCCUUAGACAGGAAAAGACCUAAAACAUAGGCUGGAGAAAUUCAUCACCAAAGGUAGCGCAGAUAGUCAGACUCUGACAGAUUGUGACAUGGGGGAUGACAUUGAGAGUUCUGAAAAUACACCACCGAAGACAGUCAACCAGGGUCAGAGACAGUCAACCAGGGUCAGAGACAGUCAACCAGGGUCAGAGAUAGUCAACCAGGUUCAGAGACAGUCAACCAGGGUCAGAGACAGUCAACCAGGGUCAGAGACAGCCAACCAGGGUCAGAGACAGUCAACCAGGGUCAGAGACAGUCAACCAGGGUCAGAGAUAGUCAACCAGGGUCAGAGACAGCCUAAGGAGAGUAAAGAGUUCAGUAUCCUACAAGACAGAAAAAGGCUCCAGAAUACUUAAAGGAGAACCAGUGUAAAGCUGUGUGAAAUAAUGACGAAAGUGAACA